CCUUUCGGCAGGACCACCGUAACCGUCGUUGCCAACAACUCCGAGCAGCCUUUAGGAGCCUGUCUUCGCCUGCUGAGCAGCUUCCUCUCCUGGCCUGCGUUAACUGGAAACAUGCUGUCCUUCGCUUUGAGACAACUCACACGGCCACUGUGCCAGCGGGCCCCCGUUCAUCUCAGCGUCCGCGGCCAGCAGUCCCACGCCGCCACUCAUCCGCUGGAUGACGAUCGUCCGUGGACGGGUCAGGAAAGCCUGGCUCAGGACGACCCAGAGAUGUGGGACCUGCUGCUGAAGGAGAAGGACAGGCAGUGCCGUGGUUUGGAGCUCAUCGCAUCGGAGAAUUUCUGCAGCCGAGCGGCUCUGGAAGCUCAAGGCUCCUGUCUGAACAACAAAUACUCUGAAGGCUACCCAGGGAGAAGGUACUAUGGUGGAGCAGAAGUGGUCGACCAAAUCGAGCUACUGUGUCAGAAGCGAGCCCUGGACGCCUUUGACCUGGACCCGGCCCUGUGGGGCGUCAACGUCCAGCCGUACUCCGGGUCUCCUGCUAACUUUGCGGCCUACACCGCCGUUCUCAAACCCCACGACCGCAUCAUGGGCCUGGACCUUCCUGAUGGAGGACAUCUGACUCAUGGCUACAUGUCUGAUGUGAAGAGGAUCUCUUCAACCUCAAUCUAUUUUGAGUCAAUGCCCUACAAACUAAAUACUGCGACAGGACUCAUAGACUACGACCAGAUGGAGUUGACGGCCAAGCUGUUCCGUCCCAGGCUCAUCAUAGCUGGCACCAGCGCCUAUGCCCGCCUCAUUGACUACGCCCGCAUCAAGAAGCUGUGCACCGACAUCAAGGCCUACAUGCUUGCGGAUAUGGCUCAUAUCAGCGGCCUGGUGGCAGCCAAAGCUGUUCCCUCCCCCUUCGAACACGCUGACCUGGUCACCUCCACCACACACAAGUCGCUUCGAGGAGCCAGGGCCGGCCUCAUCUUCUAUAGGAAGGGUGUUCGCUCAGUGGACAAGAAGGGAAAGGAAAUUUUAUACGACCUGGAGGACAAGGUCAACUUUGCAGUUUUUCCCUCCCUGCAGGGAGGACCUCAUAAUCAUGCCAUCGCUGGUGUAGCUGUGGCACUUAAACAGGCGCAGUCUCCCAUGUUCAAGGAGUACAUCGCCCAAGUACUAAAGAACUCCAAGGCCAUGGCUUCAGCUCUUCUCAGCAAAGGCUACACCCUUGUAUCAGGUGGGACCGACAACCACCUGGUCCUGGUGGACCUGCGGCCUAAGGGCAUCGACGGUGCCCGGGCUGAGCGGGUGCUGGAGCUGGCGUCAAUCACUGCCAAUAAGAACACCUGCCCCGGGGACAAGAGCGCCCUGACUCCCGGUGGCCUCCGGCUAGGUGCUCCAGCCCUGACCUCCAGACAGUUCAAAGAAGCCGACUUUGUUCAAGUUGUCGAGUUCUUGGAUGAGGGCUUCAACAUUGCUUUGGAUGUCAAGAAAAAGACAGCAAAGCUCCAGGACUUCAAGAACUUCCUGCUUCAGGACCCAGAGACGAUGGCUCGCAUCGCAGCCCUGCGCCACCGCGUCGAAGAUUUUGCCAGGCCCUUUCCCAUGCCCGGCUUCCAUGACCAUUAAGCCACAGGUCUGUUACGGCCGGGCGGCAGAAAGCUGGCUGAGUAGAAAUGUGAGAAAUGGAGAAAAUGGAAAAAUGUCAUGGCAGUGAAAUGUGGUCGGUGCUUGUGAAUUGGGAUUAUUUCAGUUCACUUUUUUCCAAUUUGAUCUGGGACACCAUUUUUUUUCAUAAUUCUUUUCAGUCAUCUAUCAAUCUAUUCUUGUAAAAACAUGGCCUCUAUGAUACAGAACAAUAAAAUUUGACAGAUUUUGUGGAGAAGAAGAAGAAACUAUUUUCUGAUGUGUGAAGAUUUUGUCUUCACACUAUUUCUUUAAUGCAAGUGUGUGGGAGCAAAAACGAAAAUCUAAUCAAGGGCAGACAACACUUGCCGUCACAGUCUCUGUGACUUGAUAAGUAUAUAAUUAGUAAUUAGAAUAAAAUAAAACUGAGAGUCUUAAUUCUGUAAAGAGUCUUAUCUAACCUCACUAAUGUGUUUUAUUAUAUUCACAGGGAGGUGUGUGUAUGACAGCUUUGUACUGUCGUCAUCUUCAUGAUGUGAGGGGGUUGUUCCGUUGGGCAGUUAUGUGCUGGUCUUUUUCUUGGGGGGGUAAAUAAAUAAUCUCAAUAUCUAAUAGUUUAUUAUAAAAACACUACAAGCUUAUGCCAUCAGAGACAAUUCUCACACAGUGUUGAACAAAAAUCAAAAGCUUCAAAAGUAGAGUAUAAUGAGUGUUUGUCUGGUUAAAUUUCAACAUGUCAGAAAUCUAACCCACGAUAUCAUUUCCUUUUGACGCUUUUGUGAUUGCGUCUUCUUUCUUUUUUUCCAGCUUAUCAUAGAUGUCAAACUUUAAUUGCUCUAUUUUAUGACAGAAUUGUUAUAAAUAACAAAAUAGAAUAAUAACAGAAAUGCCAACCUCUGCUAUUCCCUUUCGGUGUGUUUACAAAGACUUUAUACUUUUCUAUAUGAUAUUUAAAAAAAAAAAAUAAAUAACCGUGUCAUUUUCACAAUUUUACAUACUGCACAGUAUAUCUUACCAUGCUCAUUUGGUAUACUGCAGGUACAUACUAUUACAGUCAUGUUUAUUUUUUUUCCCGUUUCAUUAAUCAAAACUGUGAAGCCGCUUGACUUGAUAAAACAAUUUCAGAGCAUUUGAUGUAAUCUGGUUCCCAGAUUGGCGCUGUUGUCAUUGUCACUGCAUCAGUGAGGAAGCUUGAUAUCUGUUUGUCAAAUGGUCCUACAGCACAAUGUAAAAAUUACAUGGUACUUUAUUCCUUUGCAUUAAACACAUCUCUUAAGUGCACCAAUACAUGCAACCUGUCUACGUUAAAAUCCAUUCUUCACCAGACUUUACCAGUAAGUAUUUUAUUACAGUGUUCAUGAAUCAGACGUUCAUCUCCGAAACGUUGCCAGCCAUUGUACACCAAUACUAUUUUGAUCUUUCUUUUACAGAAUAUUUUUGUUAGUCCUAAUAAAAUCCAGUAAUGCAAACAUA